UGGGGAACUCUGGCACGGGCGUUGGGAACAUGAACGACGAAGGACCUGGGAGGCCAUGGCGCCGCAGGACAGGAGCGGCGAUGGCCUUGGCUGGCUGCUAUACAUGUCCUUGCGAGCAUGCUCCGAAUCCAAGUCGAUUGAAUUCCCUAACCUACUGACACUGUUUUAGGGUUUGAGGGUAGAUUCUGCAAAGCUGCAAAGUUAUUGUUGCAUCGAAGACAUGGGUGGGGAUAUUAAAUCGCCUCUCAGUGGUGACGUGCGUGAAUCUUUGGAGGCCUUGGAACUGGAGGAGGGAGAUGAUGGAGCAGUACAGAGCAGCGGGGCAGCCCUGGAUGCUGACGGAGUAGCAGUGGCACAGCAGAAAAAGAAGAAGAAGAAGAAAAACAAGAAGACUGGUAAUGGUGCAGUAAGCGCAGUUGAUGUUCCAGAAGCUGCUGCCAAUGUUACCAGCGGUAAUGGGACAGUUGAGGCCUGUCUAGGCCAUGAUGAAGAAAAUGAAAUCGAGGCCGAAGUUGACGAGGCGUCAAAGAAGAAAAAGAAGAAGCCCAAGAGCAAGAAGAAGAAUUCUGUGCUGGAGCAAACCGAUCCUCCAUCUAUUCCUGUGAAGGAUCUGUUUCCUUCAGGAGAUUUUCCAGAGGGCGAAAUCCAGCAGUACAAGGAUGAUAAUUUGUGGAGGACAACUUCAGAAGAGAAGCGGGAGCAAGAGAGGUUGGAAAAACCAUUGUAUAAUGCCAUCCGUCAGGCUGCCGAAGUGCACCGUCAGGUGCGGAAGUACAUCAGAACGUACGCCAAACCAGGGGUAGCCAUGGUGGAUUUGUGCGAGACUUUGGAGAACAUGGUGCGAAGGCUUAUUUCGGAGAACGGGCUGAAGGCCGGCAUCGCCUUUCCUACGGGUUGCUCCUUGAAUUGGGUGGCAGCACAUUGGACUCCCAACUCCGGAGAUAAAACAGUGCUCCAGUACGACGAUGUGAUGAAGUUGGAUUUCGGGACACACAUAGAAGGGCGGAUCGUUGACUGCGCGUUUACGGUGGCAUUUAAUCCACAGUUCGAUCCUCUGCUGGAAGCGUCACGAGAGGCCACAAACACUGGAAUCCGGGAAGCUGGAAUCGACGUUCGGCUUGGUGACAUCGGGGCCGCCAUUCAGGAGACGCUAGAGUCUUAUGAGGUUGAGAUCGGAGGGAAGACAUUCCAAAUCAAGAGCGUGAGGAAUUUGAACGGUCACAGCAUCGGACCGUAUCAAAUUCACGGUGGCAAGUCGGUUCCUAUCGUGAAAGGAGGGGAACAGACGAGAAUGGAGGAAGGGGAGUUUUAUGCGAUCGAGACGUUCGCAUCCACGGGGAAAGGGUACAUCAGGGAAGACCUGGAGUGCAGUCACUACAUGAAGAACUUCGAUGUGGGUCAUGUGCCUCUGCGGUUACCGGCUGCAAAGAAGCUGUUGGCAACAAUCGACAAGAACUUUUCAACGCUAGCGUUUUGCCGGCGUUAUCUUGACCGGCUGGGAGAGACGAAGUACCUGAUGGCAUUGAAGAAUUUGUGUGAUCAAGGAGUUGUGCAGCCAUACCCUCCUCUGUGCGAUGUGAAGGGAAGCUAUGUGUCUCAGCACGAGCACACGAUAUUUAUGCGACCAACGUGCAAGGAAGUUGUGUCUAGAGGGGACGACUUCUGAGAUAUUAAAUGUUGGUAUUUGGUUAUUUUGUAAUGUAGAGCUUCAGAUGCGGUGCCUGUACGUAAGAUAAUAAGUGUGGACAAUGUCUUCAUCCGGCAGCAUGCAAGUCCUUGCGCAAUGUUGUGCUAAAUUUACGUGGCAUUUGAAUAUGGGAGUGUACUCACUGAAGUGAGACGUGGUAUGUUCAAUUUUCUGGAGAAGGUUUUCCCACUUCAGGUCCAUUACAAUGUUAUUUCAUGCUUAUUUUUCUUAGUUAGCUUGCUAUCUUUGGUUAAA